AUGAGUACAAAACGCAAACAUUUAUCCGAUAAUUUAGAUGAGCAUGUAUCUAAUAAACGUAAAGUAGACGAGAAUACGUUAACGAUUUUCGAAGCAAAUCUAGAAGUGUCCGAAACACAACAACACUUACAUGCAGAAGGGGCCAGCACGUCCGCCAAGCAAGACGCACCACAUGACAUUGACGUCGUAAUGUUGGAUGAUGAGACUGACGGUUCCACAUGCAUUGGUAAUGUUCGUAUACCCUCACCGAUACCGCCAUACUCUUAUGCAAGAAAUGAAGGGCCCCGUUUGAUUGUCAAAAGUAUCGAAAACGAGAAUUUUAAAAGCUUUGCUGGCAAAGUACUUCUAGGACCAUUUCAUCAUAAUUUCAAUGCAAUUCUAGGACCGAAUGGCAGCGGCAAAAGUAAUGUAAUGGAUUCCAUAUUAUUUGUUUUCGGUUCUCGUAUAAAUUCGCUGCGAUGUAAAAAACAUUCAACUUUAAUACAUAGUUCAGCUCGUUACCCAAGCGUAGACAAUUGUUCGGUGGCUAUGCAUUUUUGUCAGAUUUCCGAUUCUGAAGAUGGUUCUUGUCAAGAAAUACCCAACAGUGAGUUUAUCGUAAAACGGACAGCUUUCAAAAAGGGCACAUCUUUCUAUUCUAUAAAUGGCGAAAAGGUUCAGUUUAGUGCAGUAAUCUCUCUGCUAAAGGAACAUAAUAUAAAUGUGAAUGGUAAUCACUUUAUAGCACUGCAAGGAGAGCUUGAGUCAAUUGCAUUAAUGAAACCAAAAGGUAAGACGAAAACUCAGUGCGGAAUGCUGGAAUAUCUCGAAAGAAUAAUAGGCACUGACCGUUACAUCGAACCUUUAAACACGAUCAUGAAACACAUUGAAGCGUUGACUGAAGAAAGUGAAGUAAGGCAUGAUCUUUGCCAAUUGGCCAAACAUGCAAUGGAAAGUUUAAAACAACCAUACAACAAAGCUAUUCAAUAUCUGGAGCAAGAAAAUGAGAAUAUUCGCACUAAAAACCUUAAAAUACAAAAAUCUAUCAAUUUACUCGAACGCGAAAGGCUAACCGAAAGUCUACAUAGGGAAGUGGAAACAAUGAAGGAAGCCGCUCAAGAAGAAAUUGUGAACUUCGAAAGUUUAAUUCAGAAAAAGUACAAUUUCGAACAAGAAAAAGAAAAGGUCUGCAAAAGCUUCACGGAAAUUCAGCAGGUUAUGGUAAACUUAAAUCAAAUGCGUAACGAAAAUAAAGUUCAAAUGAAAAUGAUCGAAUCUAAAUCGAUAGAACUGUGCGCAAUACGCGACAAGUAUAAACAAGAAAUGGAAGAAGGUGAAGAACAAUUGAAGCAAAUAGUCGCACAAAGCACCGAACAGGAGAGACAACUUCAAUGCAACUAUAAACAAAUAGAAGACCAGGCUAAGCCACUACUAGCAGAGCGUGAGAUACUAGAAUCCGAGUUAAUGAAAUUGCAUGCCAAGGUAGAUGUAACAAAAGCUGAUUUGUCUCUAUUAGAAUCAGAAUUGAAGAUACUAAAGUACGAAGAAGUAAGCGAGACAAGUAAAUACGAUUCUAUGAGAAGCUCCUACGAAGAAUCGCAGAAUGCUUUAAAUGAGAAAAAAACCAUUGCUGAAGAGCUAAACGAAAACUUACAGGUCAUCAAAAGUCAAGCUGAAGAAAACUUAACAAUCUUCCGAAAAUUGGAAGAAACCCAGCAGGGUGUGGUGGCACAAUUAAUGAAAGUCAGAGCUAAGAUCAAUGAGAUCAUCACAAUUAUGCGAUCCAUGCCUUCAUAUAAUAAUCAAGCACUUGAUUCCUUGAUGGGUCAAAAAAUCGAAGGAAAGAUACCUGGGAUAUUUGGACGUUUGGGCGAUUUGGGUGCUAUUGAUUGUAAAUAUGAUGCGGCGAUUUCCGCCGCCUGUGAUGCCUUGGAUGGUAUAGUCGUCGAGAAUGCAGAUGUCGCUCAAAAAUGCAUUGAAUAUCUGAAAUACAAUGGCCUAGGUAGAGCUUCUUUCAUACCAUUAGAAAAUAUAAAACAUUUAGAGACGGAUUCAGUUCCUUUUCAAGCACCCGAAAAUGUCCACCGUUUAUAUGAUUUAGUGCAUGUGGAAGAUAAGCGCAUUUUACCAGCAUUUUAUUUUGUUCUACAUGAUACCUUGGUAGCUGCUGAUUUGGAACAAGGUACCCGUAUUGCCUACGGUACAAAACCAUAUCGUGUCGUUACACUUAAUGGUGAAGUUAUUGAAAUUUCUGGCCUUGUGUCUGCUGGUGGCUCUGUGCAAAUGCGCGGCAAAAUGGGUACGAAGAUUCAGAAGCUACCCCUCGACACGCCAGUUAUAUCUCAGAAAACACUUGAAAACUUGCAUACUCAGGCCAAACAAUUGCAAUCUGAAAUCGAUUUCAAUCAAGAGCAACAAAGUCUAGUCGAACGUGAAAUGCAGCAAUUAAUGAACACUCAACAGCGUACUGAGAUUGAAUUACAAAAAAUACUCAUAACUGCUCGGAGUUUGGAAAGACAAUUGCCUUACAGUUUUACACAAUUGGAAGCACAAAGAACACGCUUGCAACAGACCGUAAUCGAUGCGAACAAUGUCGAAAGAAUUGAAACUGAAAUUGAAAUGAAAAAGAAGAGUUUAACAGAAGUUAAAGACAUUGCAAGUGCGAUGUCCGAAAAAGUAACGCAAAUUAGAAUUCAAAUUGAUUCCAUAUAUGGAAAUACUCAAAUAAACGUCCAAAAUAAAAUAAAUUAUUUAGGCGAGCAGGCAGAGCAAGUCAGCAAUAAACUUUCAAAGAUAAAAGGCAAACUGACCGAAUUAGAACGCAAUAUUAAUAGAAUAGAUACGCAAAUUAAAGAGUCGCAAAUGGAAAUCGGAAUAACCCAGGAUAGAUUAACAGAAUUGGGUGCAGAACGUCAAGCCCGUGACAAUAACAUUGCUGCGUUUUCUCAACAAAUCAAAGAGAUUGAUGAGAACAUUGACAAGCGAAGAUUAGAAUCAUCAGCCAUAUAUAACGAAAUGCAAAGACUGAAGAAGCGUGAAACUGAUUUGAAGAUUGAAAAGGUGGAUAUUGAAAAGAAUCUUCAAUCGGUGAUUGACAAAAUAUCAAAUCUAAAAUCUCAAAUAACAUAUUUUCAUAAGGAAUUGAAAUCGUUGAAUUUACAUGAAAAAUCCCGAAGUGGAGGAAGUCAAAUCUCUUUAAAAACGUACACCGAAGUAGAAUUAGCUUCUCACACUCUGCAGGAUGUACAAUAUAAAGAUGAGCUCGAGGAAAGUUUGCUAAAGAACAGGCCUAAUCUAUCUUGCAUUGAUGAAUAUAGGGAAAAGCGAUGCACCUAUUUGAAACAGGUCAAAAUUCUGGAUACCGUCACCCGUAAACGUAACGAAAUGCGCAAAUCAUACGAGAAUCUUCGUAAAAAACGCCACAACGGUUUUAUGGAAGGUUUCAAAAUUAUUAGCGACAAACUAAAAGAAAUAUACCGCAUGUUGACCAAAUGUGGCGAUGCGGAGUUAGAAUUAGUCGACUCUAUGGACCCCUUUGUUGAAGGUGUGUCGUUUAACGUAAGGCCGGAAAGAAAGGCCUGGACAAAUAUUUGGUGUUUAUCGGGCGGCGAAAAAGCGCUAUCCUCACUGGCCUUAACCUUUGCUUUAUAUUAUUUUAAGCCCACGCCAUUGUAUUUCAUGGAUGAGAUAGACGCUGCUUUAGAUUUUCAGAAAAUCUCCAUCGUGGCAAAUUACCUCAGGCAAGGUGUAAGGGGAGCCCAACUUUUAGUCAUCACGCUGAGACCGGGUAUGUCUGACUUGGCUGAUCAUUUAGUAGGAAUUUACAAAAUACGUGAUUGUAGUGAGUCAGUAUGUUUGAGAAACAUGCAUCCACCACUUCCGCCGAGGGUCCCAUGCAAUCCACAGACACAAUCACAAACAACUUAUUUACCAAUUGAGUUGAGCGUGCAAGCUUGUACGUUGCCAGAUGAAAAAUCGCUUAUUGCGGAGACUUCAAGCAAUGUAUGCCACUAUCCCGAAAAGCAAAACGCCUUGUCUCAAAAUAAGAACACAUAUAUAAUUUUCGAUAAUAAUAGGAACGAGAAAAAUUACGAUAAUAGCGAAAAUGACGUAGUGGAUCUGACACAAAGCAAUUUAAAUGUUGCAAGCGAUUGUAUAAUUAUUAGCAGUCAGGAUUCGUUAUUUGUAAAUCAAAACGCUUCUCGAACCGACUUUACCUUGCCUAUUUCUCAAACUCGAAAUGCCCCGGAUACUAUCAGUCUUAGUUCAACGCUUUCAUCUGAAAAUGACACGGCUUCUCAUAACCUAAUUCGAAAUCUUUAUUCGUGUAUCGAAAGCUCUAUGACCAUUGAUAGCAAUUCAAGUUCUAUACUUCGUAGCGACACUGAUAAGGCAGAAGGAACCUUUCAAGUGCAAAAACUUGCAAAUCGAAAUAUGUGUGCUACUGAUGAUAUUAUAAUUAUUGAUAGUCAAGCAAGCAUUUCUUCAAGACUAGCAAGUGAUAUUGAUUCCUUUGGCUAA